GAAUCCCUGGCGGUGGUGCGCUAUCUUCAUGUGUGUGCUAUUUCAGCCCACCAAGUGAAGUGCACACCUCCUUUCUUCCCUCUCCCUUCCACACUCUCUGGCCUGGCAGCUUCCCCUUCUUCGCAUUCCAAGCACUCCCCUCCCUUGUCCUGCUCCAGCUGCUCAUUCAUCCCAUCUCCCUUGCUCAUUCCUCAUCCUCCUCCAGCGACUUCACACCGUAAAGCCCAAGCCGCAAUCCUCCAAUUGCUCCCCUAGCCAAUGCCACUUCUCACUCGCUCCGGGCGCAUCAUCCUGCUCCUGGGACUCAAUAUCGUCGUCUUCCUGGCCGAGAUCAUCGUCGGCUACAAGACCGGCUCCCUCGCGCUCAUUGCCGAUGCCUUCCACAUGCUGUCGGACGUGCUUUCCCAGAUCAUUGCCCUCUAUGCCAUCCGGUUGGCUGCAAAAACCGAGUGGCAGCCCACGUUAUCCUAUGGAUGGCAGAGAGCCGAACUGCUCGGUGCGCUCUACAACGGCGUUUUCCUUUUGGCCCUGUGCUUCUCUAUCAUUCUGGAUGCUAUUGAGCGGUUCUUCAAGCCCGAGGAUAUUGAGGAUCCAAAGCUGGUCUUGAUCGUCGGUGGUAUUGGUCUUGCCUGCAAUCUGUUCGGUCUGGUCCUCUUCCACGACCAUUCAGGACAUGGUCACAGCCAUAGCCAUGGUCAUAGCCACGCCAAGAAGGCCAAAGCGAACGAGAAACAGACCACUGACGACGUUCCUGUCCCUCCAUCGGCUGCUCUAAGCAACCGCGAGGGCGCUGACCCAGAAAGGCAAUCCAUCGACCGUCGUCCUAGUCUCCGCUACCAAUCGUCCCUCGAAAUGAUCUCUCCUCUGAAGGAGGUCAACCUGCAGAAUCUUCAGCAGGCUGUCCUAGAUGUCCAGAAACAACUCGAGGACGAUGAGCGGUUCGAAAGAGAGGAUGCAGUCAGUUCCGACAGGCAUCGCCCCAAUGCCGUUGUCGUGAGCAUGGAUGCUGAAGACCAUGACAAUCACAACCACGCUCACGAAAAGGCCCACCACAACGAUCAUGCUGGCCACGAUCAUCACAGCCAUGGGACUGAGGGCAAGAAGGGGAAAAUGCCCUCUGGUGAAGAUCUUAACAUGCGAGGCAUAUUCGUGCAUGUUUUGGGCGACGCGCUUGGUUCAGUUGGGGUGAUCUUCACCGCUCUCAUUAUCUGGUUGACCAAUUUUUCGUGGAGAUUCUAUUUUGAUCCCAUUAUCAGUCUGUUGAUUACGGCGAUCAUCAUCCACUCGGCUGUUCCCUUGGUCCGAUCUGCAUCCUUUAUCCUACUGCAGGGCGUUCCUGUUGGUGUUGAAAUCGAGGAGAUCCGCAAGGAAAUCAAGGCCAUUCCAGGUGUGAUCUCGAUCCACGACCUGCAUAUCUGGCAGCUUACCAACAUCAAGAUGGUUGCCUCACUGCAUGUCCUCGUCGCAAAUCAGGAAGCCUUUACGACGGUCUCGAGGGCUGUCAAGACUAUCAUGCAUCGCGCCGGUGUCCAUUCCACGACCAUUCAGCCCGAAUUCCCUAGUAUGAACCCGCACCUCUUCCAGAUUGCCAAUGCCAAGAACGGUCUGCGACUCCGCAACGCCUCCUUGGACGAUGACGCCAAUGGCCUGCUUUCUGUAAGUGAUUUGAGCAGCCGCGCAACUUCUCUCGGUGCUCAAAGCGAAGAGUUUCUCCCAAGCGGAUCUAUGGCUCGACCAAGCUCCCCUGGGCACGGUACUGUCGGAGCAAGCACUUCGGCUGCUGGAUCCAACGCCAGCGUCCUAAUUCUUACGCCAGAAGAACAGACUGCUGUGGACGAAUCAAACUGCGCACUCCUCUGUAUCGAUGGCGAGCAAGCCUGCGACGUAGGACGCUGCUGCACCGCUCCUGUGAAGCGGUAGAGGUGACGAAUGUGCUCUAAGAAUCCGGUACCGCGUCGCCUCAUACCUUUGUUGCCUAGUUCAUUCUUAAUUUAAUAGAGGCGAGAAAGAGUUUCUCUUCCUCUCUGUAUCUCUCUAUUCAUUCCCAUUCCUACAUUACAAGACGCAGAAAGUACUAUAGAUUGCAUUUAUUUUAAAAUAAAGACC